AUGACGGGCCCCCACAUGGCCGGUUGCGCUCUUCGCAUGCCGAAGCCUCUGGGGGCAGCAUCGCGAAGCUUUUGCUCCUGGCAGCGUCCCGGAGCAUGGAGUCACAGACAUCAUCGAACUGAGAGAGGACCCUACACACUGCUCACAUUGGCCUCGAUGAUGGCCAGGAAAUCCAUGAAGAAGGAUUCCCUACGAAAUUCGCCAGAAGCCUGGAUCCAAGUCCUGGAGAAGUCCGCCGAGUCCCUUUUGCAGGUGAGCUCGGAUUGGAGAGCGCUGUCAUCCGACACAGCGGCCGCCUCCGACAUCGAGGCCCUGCAGCGAAGAGAGACGAGCCUUCGGGAAUGCUUGAAGCGUUGUCCCUGGGGUGACCCGGCGAGCACUGCAUCGGCACCACGGCAUCAGUCAAGCGAUGCCCUGGUGUCUGCGCACGGCCUCGCAACGCGAGCGGCCCUCCGCUGCGACGAGGAAAAGCUCAGCUUCCUGCUGCGGCAGGAGAAGGCCAAGGCGGCCAAGGCCAAGGGAGCAGAGGCGAAAGAAGACGAAGCCGCCGCCCGGCUCCUCUCGAGGCUUGGACUCCAACGUUUCCGGCUCUUUGACAUCGAAGGCGCGCACGCGGCGCUGACAAGCGCCGCGCGAUUGCAGGGAUCCGACAUCCACUUGGAUCAUCAGCUCUUGGAGUACUCCACGAAGCUUCUGGCAGCAAGGUCGCUGAAGUUCCUCAGUGCAGACGAACUGCUGCAGCUGGAAGAACUGAAACUCGUGCGGGAGAGACUUCUGGCAGCCUCAUACACGGAGUCAACGGUGAUGGAAGGAGCAGGCGCGGCUUGCUUGACAGAGUUCGUUUUGGCGAGAUCCGAUGGCCUGUUGGAGCAGAGACUGCAGAUCUGGCAGCAGAAGCCUGGUUCGAGGACGGCCAGGGCAAGCACGGCGGAUCUCGUGCGCUUGUUCCUUCUUCACCGAGCAAUUCCUGUCAGCCGGGUCGCAGGUCUGCUUGGACAAGACGUGUAUGACCUCCUGCUCCGCUUACAAAUCUUGUGCAAGAUCGAUGAAGAAACUUCAAGGCUCCUGCGCCUCACCACUCAGGAGCCUUGCGAGCCUUGCGUCUUUGCGUCCGUCGCGAUUUGGCCGGUGGAGGGCGACCUGCUCGUGGCUACUGACUUCGAGUCGACCUGCUUCUCGGACGACACUGAGCCGGUCAUGUACCUCUCGGAGGACUCUCUGGCUUUGGCAGCCGCCGCACCACGGCGGCCCUGCCGCCGGCUGCUUGACCUUUGCUGUGGCUCGGGUAUCCAGGGUAUCGUUGCCCUGCGGCACUACGCCACGAGGGCGGUGUUCGUGGAUGCGAAUCCCCGUGCCGUGGGCUUCACGCGAUUCAACUUGGCCCUGAACGGCUUGCUGGGGAGGUGCGAUGGACUGUUGCAGAAGGAUCUGCGCUGCGAAGGGCUUGGCAAGAGCAGCCUCUUUGACGCCAUUCUCGUGAACCCGCCUUUUAUGCCGAACCCCAAGAACAUCGCUACUGGCGCGAGCCUUUUAUUUGGAAACGGUGGGGACUGCGGAGAAGAGGUUCUUUCUGCCGCGGUCCGAUUGGCUAGCUGCCAUCUUGCUGCCGACGGGUGCCUGGCCGCGGUGUCGAAAGUGCCAAACGUCCUGCACUUUCCGACUCGCCUGAAGUCGUGGUGGAGCGCGGACUGCCAAAGGGCAUCUGCCUGGGUCUUCCACGGGGCUAAGACACCUGCACGACAGUAUAUGCCCACUGCCAUCAGCAGUGGAGUGGAGCCAGCACGGUAUCAAGAAGCACUGUCUGAGCAAGGUAUCACUGACUUGUCGCAAGCAGUCCUUCUUGUGCGUGUGGGCAGUGGCAGCACAUCCGGCCUGGAAGUUCACUUGAUGGAGACAGCUUCUUCAAAGCUUUGGCUGCAGACUUCCUUCCUCCGAUCGCUUCCAGCGACCGUGGAAGCCGCGCAGCUCAAAGGCCUGUCCCGGGAGCAAGCUGCUGAUCGCAUUCACAAGUUCCUCUCUGCGACGCAGGACUGGAUGCUGUCGCAGGUGCUCGUUUUCGCAGCUGAGGCAGAUGAGGCCGGACAGGCAAAUGCCGCUGAAGGGCUGGAGAAGUUCCUGCUGAGCAGAUUACAUGCCCGCCUCUUCGCCAUGGAGCCAUCGGACCUGACGGAGGACGAAAUUCUGAGGCAGAAGAUUGACAGCUUCAGUUGGGUGGGCUUCGACAACCUGGGUGUUCCACCGGUGGACACUUCGCUCUUACACUUGGCAGUGGAGCAGCUGCACAGUAUGGACAAGUUCAAGGCGCCACGGGACAAGAUGGUUUGCAUCGGGAAUUCCUGCCGCGUGAUCAACGACGUGCUGAAGCGUGCCAUUGUGGCAAGCGGUGCCAGCCGGCCGCUUUCAGCUGAUGACUUCCUGCCCUUGCUGAUUUACUCCCUGAUUUUGGCGCCUCGGGUGACUUGA